UAAAAUUGUUCAUAUUACUGUUUUGUUUGUUAAUUUAUUCUUUGUGUAGGCUUUCACAGAGCUUCAACAAAAAAUGGUGGAGACUACUACAAAACUUCAGGUAGCUGAUAUUCAGAUUGAAGGACUGAAGAGGUCAAAGCAGCAUGCUGAAUUGACAGCACAAGAAAUUAAGGCUCUAUCAUCAGAAACGAAAACGUAUGAGAGUGUAGGGCGCAUGUUCGUGCUUACUGACAUUCCAGAGGUCUGUAAAAAUCUGGACAACCGCAUCAGUACAUGCGAUGAAAAGAUAAAGUCUCUCGAAGGUAACAAGAGCUAUUUAGAGAGAAGUUUGAAGGAUAGUAAGAACAACUUAAGAGAAAUGGUACAACAACGUAAAGACGCCCCACAAGAAGCAACGUAGGACAUAUCAUGCAAUCCAAUUGUUUUCGGUGAACAUUGACAGAACUGAAGUUUGUUGUUUAUUAAUCAUUACUAACUAUUAUUCUUGUUUUCAUUGUUUUUAUAUUAUUCCUUUCUACCUAUAAAUCAUAUUAUUUGUAAAACUUGGUUUUAAAAUAAUUGUUAUACUUCUGCAAAAAGUUGCUUAAUAUCAGCUAGUCUUUAUUAAUUACAAACAAAUUUCAUGUAUUUUUUAAGUUCCUCUUAAUGCAUUAACACUUAUUUAAGUCUAUUCAUUAAUCAUAUAUGUACUGUUAUCAUUUGCAUUUUUCUAAGUUUAUCAAAAGAAAAUAAAUUAUUGAUCAUCCACAGUCGGUAA